UAAAUGCGCGGGAAUGAGUGAAUUUGACAUAGUACUGAAAUCGGACAAGAAAUCACGUUUUCAUUUUAAACACGAUGGCAAGUACAGAACAAGAAACCAAAGGCUCAGUUACACUGAAGGGAUCAUCUGAUCUUGUUAAGGAAUAUUUAGAUUAUGGAAUCAACAGUAUUCUUUAUCAGCGGGGCAUUUAUCCUGCAGAAACGUUUGUGCCAGCCGAACAUUUUGGAAUCACAAUGUACAUGUCAACUGAUGAAAAAAUUAAGUCAUUUCUAAAAUCUGUUCUGGAACAAAUUCGAGACUGGCUUUGUCAAAAGAAAAUGCAGAAGGUAUCACUUAUAAUAUCAAAUUCAGCUACAAAGGAGGUGCUGGAACGAUGGGAUUUCAAAGUCCAGUAUGAAGGUGAUGGAAAUGCUACAGAAAGUGGAAAAACUGUUGGAAACAAGGACUUUACACUUAUCCAGAAAGAAAUACGCAGUGUUUUGAGGCAGAUCUCAGGAACUGUAAGCUUUCUACCAUUACUGGACUGUUUGUGCACAUUUGACCUUCAGGUCUACACAGUCACUGACUGUGAGGUACCACAGGAAUGGGAUGAAACACAACCAUGCUUCAUUGCAAAUGCACAAGAAAUGCCUCUUCGAACUUUCUCCACAUCCCUUCAUAGAGUGGAAACACAUGUAAGUUACAAGGCUGAAUGAACUGGAAUGGUGUACGAAUGCAGUCAUUGUAAGAAUCUGUUCUAUUUAUGUGUACAUGAAUUCAUGGAUAAGUCCAGUAAUAAUCUAUCUGAGGACAGAUUGUGUUUGUAUUAACGAAUUUUUCAA